GAGGCCAGCGGAGGCCGCGGCGGAGCCAGGCUGGGGGGGUGGCUGGGAGGAGGAGGAGCGGGAGCGGGCUGGUGGCGGCCCGCGACCCCCCAGCCCCGAGCCCCAGCGGCACCAUGGCCUUCCGAGGGAUCCGGGCCGGGGGGCGAGGGAGCAGCCACGCCGAAGAUCAUGGCAAAAAGCAGAGUUCAAGUUGGGUUAACGGCAUGGAGAGCAGUAGCCACCACCACCACCAGCAGCCUGGACCUUCGGGGGAGAAGAGAAACCACCAUUGGAGAAGUUACAAGUUGAUUAUUGACCCCGAGCUGAAGAAGGGACAGCAUAAACUCUACCGUUACGAUGGACAGCAUUUCAGCAAGGCUACCCAGUGCUUUCUCUCGGUGAAAAUCGAGGACCCGAGAGUCAGAAGGACAUGGACAAAAACUAAGGAGUUGGAACUUCGUGUCCCCAAAUUCAAGAUCGAUGAAUUCUACGUGGGGCCGGUGCCUCCCAAGCAGGUGACUUUUGCCAAACUCAAUGACAACAUCAGGGAAAACUUCCUGACCGACAUGUGCAAGAAAUAUGGGGAGGUGGAGGAGGUGGAGAUCCUUUACAACCCCAAGAACAAGAAACAUCUGGGCAUUGCCAAGGUGGUUUUUGCCACCGUAAAGGGGGCUCGGGAGGCCGUGCAACAUUUACACAACACCUCGGUCAUGGGUAACAUCAUUCACGUGGAGCUGGACACUAAAGGCGAAACUCGAAUGCGAUUCUAUGAGUUGCUGGUGAAUGGCCUGUACACUCCCCAGACCCUCCCAGUGGGCAUCGAGCUGGACGCCUCCCCGACGGUCAAUAAAACUUUGCAGUUAACGGAUGCCUUGAAGCGCCUGAAGGACAGUAGCAGUAGCGCAGCCUCAGCCGGCUCCUCGGCAUCGGUCACUCCCAACAGCAGCACGCCCUUCUCCCACGAUACCGCCUAUUCCAGCAGCCGCCUGGACACCCCCAACUCCUACGGCCAGUGCACACCUCUCACGCCCCGCCUGGGCACCCCCUUCUCCCAAGACUCCAGCUACUCCAGCCGCCAGCCCACGCCCUCUUACCACUACAGCCAGGACGCAGGCUACAAGGCCCGCCGUCACGAGACCAAGUUCACGGACGCAUACAACCGCCGGCACGAGCACCACUACGUGCACAACUCGUCCGGGGCUUUCCGCUCCUCCGAGCACACCGGCAGCAGCGGGGUGGGAGGGGGUGGAAGCGGCUCCUACAAGCCCCACGUGCAGCCAGAGGCCCCCCAGUAUUCCCAUACUCCCCCUUCGGCCCCCCUGGGCCACACUAGCACCAACUACAAGUCGGCCUUCUCCCCGUACCAGGCUCCAGCCCUGUUUGCCCCGCACCCUGAGGAGCCAGUGACCAUGCCGGCCUUUGGCCAGGGGGGCCGGGAUGGUGGCGAGUACCGCCGGGCACAGCCCCCGGCUGAGCCCCCCGCUCUUGUUGGUUCUGUGGCCAAAGAGCGACCCGAGACUCCCCCUGGGCCGCCGCCGCCACCGCCGCCCCCCGAGCUGAACAGCCUGGAGCCUGGCGGGGGCCCCAGCUUUGGCUGGAGCCCUGAGCGUUGCAUCAGCCCCGGGACACCGACCCUGGAGUCGUCUCCGCCGUCCUCGGAGAAGCCGCAUGACAGCCUCGACUCCCGCAUUGAGAUGUUACUGAAGGAGCAGAGAACCAAACUGCCUUUCCUGCGGGAGCACGAUUCGGACACAGAGCUGCGCAUGGAAGGCAGCCCCAUCUCCUCCUCUUCCUCUCAGCUUUCCCCACUGCCCACUUUUGGCUCCAAUUCCCAGCCAGGCUUCCGAGGCCAGACCCCCUCCUCCCGCCCCUCCAGCACGGGCCUGGAGGACAUCAGCCCAACCCCCCUGCCAGACUCGGACGAUGAGGAGGACCUGGGCUUGGCCCUGGGCCUGGGUCCCCGCCCCCCGCCUGAGCCAGGCCCCCCUGACCCAACCGGUCUUCUGGGCCAUGGGGCCGAGACGGCCAAGGAGAUGGCUGGGGAGAGGACGCCGACCUCAGAGAAGAUGGAUGAGGGUCAGCAGUCCUCAGGUGAGGACAUGGAGAUUUCAGAUGAUGAGCUGCCCUCCACACCCAUCACCAGCACCGACUGCCCCAAGCCCAUCGUGGUGAACUCAUCAGUCACCACCCCGGCAGUGCUGGCGACGGCCAUCCCCCUGCCGCCCCCCGGCUUCCCACCGCCACCCCCCGCCCCUCCCCAGCCUGGUUUCCCCAUGCCGCCCCCGCUUCCCCCGCCCCCGCCACCCCCGCCCCCCACCCACCCGGCAGUAACAGUGCCGCCCCCACCUUUGCCGGCACCGCCGCCUCCCCCGGGGGUGCCCCCACCCCACAUCCUGCCCCCGCUGCCCCCCUUCCCUCCGGGCAUGUUCCCCAUGAUGCAGGUGGACGUGAUGAACGUGCUGGGUGGUCAGUGGGCAGGGAUGCCCAUGUCCUUCCAGAUGCAGACGCAGAUGCUUAGCCGAAUGAUGCAGGGUCAGGGCAUGUGCCAAUACCCGCCAUUCAUGAGUAGUGGCAUGCAGUUUGUGAAUCUGCCCCCCUACCGGCCCUUCUCCAUGAGUGCCGCAGUAGGCCGGGGCCAGCAGUGGCCCCCGCUGCCAAAGUUUGACCCAUCGGUGCCCCCGCCGGGGUACAUGCCCAAGAAGGAAGACCCACACAAGGCCACUGUAGAUGGUGUGCUGUUAGUGAUUGUCAAGGAGCUGAAGGCCAUCAUGAAACGGGAUCUGAACCGUAAGAUGGUGGAGGUCGUAGCCUUCCGGGCCUUUGAUGAAUGGUGGGACAAGAAGGAGCGGAUGGCCAAGGCAUCACUGACCCCUGUGAAAUCAGGCGAGCAUAAGGAUGAGGAGAGGCCAAAGCCCAAAGACCGCCUCACGUCCUGCCUGCUGGAGAAUUGGAGCAAGGGCGAAGGGCUGGGCUACGAGGGCAUGGGGCUGGGCAUCGGCCUCCGGGGGGCCAUCAGGCUGCCCUCGUUCAAGGUAAAGAGGAAGGAGCCGCCCGACCCAGCCUCCACUGGAGACCAGAAGAGAUUGCGGCCCUCCACCUCUGUAGAUGAGGAAGAUGAAGAGUCAGAACGGGACAGGGACAUGUCAGACAUCCCCUCAGACCUCUCCAAGAAGGACCCGGAAGGUGUUGGGAUCCGGAGGCGGCCGGCCCGGCCCCUGGAGCUGGACAGCGAGGGGGAGGAGGAGGACGACAAGGAGGAGUCGUCUUCAUCAUCCUCGUCUUCGUCGUCCUCAUCCUCAUCGUCCUCAUCUUCACUGUCCUCGUCGCCAUCGUCAUCCUCGGAGAAGGAGGAGGAUGAGGAGGACAGGCUGGCCAAGACCUCAUCUGACAAGGAGGAAGAGGACGACGAGGAUGUCGAUGAGGAAGAAGAGGAUGAGGAGGAAGAGGAUGAGGAAGAAGAUGAAGAAGAAAUGGCUGAGGUGGAGAUUAGUGAGAAAGAGGAGGAGCUGGACUCUGACGGAGAGGAUGUUGGAAGCGUUCCCUCCUCCAAGGCAGAGGCCGUGUCCUCCGAAGAAAGUGAGGACUCUUCAGAUUAUGAGUCCAGUUCAGAGUCCGAGGAGGAGGAAGAGGAGGAGGAGGAAGAGGAGGAGAAGGCCAUGUCAGAGGAAAUAGUGGCGGAGGCGACAGCCGGGGAAAGCCAAGACCUGCUGGGAGCUGGGGAAGCAGCCAUGGAGGCCGGAGCACUCAUGGAGGACGAUGAAGAGGUGGUGACCAUCCUGGAGCUGACGCCGGUGGUGGAUGAGCCAGACUUACCCAACUUGGGGGCGGAGGAGACGGCGGGAGUUGGGGAUGCCCCGGAGCUGCCAGGCCUCAAGCAGGUGGGAGAGAUGUUGGCCGAGCUCCCCACUUCAGCGGGGCCCCCAGAGCCACUGCAGCACCUGACCCCGUCACCUGUGGAUGCUUCAGGAGAAGAGUUAGAGACGGAGCUGGGGCCUGCAGAGAUCCCCAAGGAGACGUCUUUGCGGCAGCUACAGCGAUUGCCCAGCCCACCUGUCCUCCCCACAGACAGCGCACCUCAGCAGGGCAGCUUCCUUCGGGAGGCUGAGGCAGAGGGCCGGCCCCACACCCUAGGCCCCAAGGUGGUCCUUCCCGUGGAGCCAGAGUCCCUUCGGCUUCAGCCUCUGUUCCCUGUCAGGCCCCCCCAGCCACUGCCUCUCCUGGAAGAGCCCCUACAUGAAGAACCACCCCCCCGGACACCAGGCCGGGACCCUCUGGCCAAGUCCCAGAGCACGGAGACUGUGCCAGCCACGCCGGGCAGUGACACUCCCCUCACUGCCAGCAGCCUGGCCCUCAGCUCCCCCCAGGUUCCCAGCAGCCCCUUCUCCUACCCAUCGCAGUCUCCGGGGCUCAGUGGUGGUGGCAUCCCUCGGACGCCUGGGCGAGACUUUAGCUUCACACCCACUUUUCCGGAGCCCGUGGGGCCCCUUCCACUGUCUGUCUGCUCCCUCCCACCCGGCAAGAAGCUCCCUGGGGAUGAUCGGCCAGGGCCUGGUGCUCCAGCUUCUUCCAGCCCCCUGGAAACCAGUUUCCCCCUGCCCGUCUCUCUCCCGGUGCCCCUCCCAGUCCCGGUCCCCCUGCCAGUCCCUCUGCCCCUCCCUCCAGGUCCGUUGCUACCCCGCUCUUCCACCUUGCUACCUCUGCCCUUGACCUUGCCCCUGGCUCUGCCUCUGGCCCCUUCCCUACCGAGCCCCUGCCCUCCUCCCACUAAGAGGAAGCCCGGGAGGCCCAAGCGCUCGCCCCCUGCUGUGCUCACCCUGGACGUGCCUCCGGGAAGGCUCACCACCUUGCAUCCGGAGGCAGCGGGCCCCAAGCUGCUGCUGCUGGCAGGGCAGCCCCCUGCCGCUGCCUCCUUCCAUGGGGCGCCAGACCCCCGCGUCGUGACGCUGGACUUUAGGAACGACGGGGGCCUUCCUCCCCCGCUCCCGCCCCCACCACCACCCCGGCCCCCGCCCGACGAGGCCGCCAAGCUCCCUUUCAAAGAGCUUGAGAAUCAGUGGCUGGAGCAGCCGCCUCCCCCCACCCUCGGGCCAGAGGAGGAGGUGGAGAACGUCGACGGAGGCGGCUUCAGCAAGCCCAAAUUGCCUUGGCGCCGGCCUCCCAAGAAGCGGCACGAGGACAUGGUGGUGCCCCCCCUGCCUCCACCCUCCCCCGACUUCUCGUCACCCCAGCGGCCCCUCUUCCGGCCCCGCUCGGAGUUUGAGGAGAUGACCAUCCUGUAUGACAUCUGGAACGGCGGCAUCGAUGAGGAGGACAUCCGUUUCCUGUGCAUCACCUACGACCGGCUCCUCCAGCAGGACAGUGGCAUGGACUGGCUGAAUGACACCCUCUGGGUCUACCAUCCUUCCACCAGCUUCUCUACUCCCAAGAAAAAAAAGCGAGAGGACGGCAUUCGGGAGCAUGUGACCGGCUGUGCCCGCAGUGAGGGUUAUUACAAGAUCGACAAGAAAGACAAACUCAAAUACCUCAACAACAGCCGCGCCUUUGCCGAGGAGCCCCCGGCAGACACCCAGGGCAUGAGCAUCCCUGCCCAGCCACAUGCAUCCACCCGGGCAGGCUCAGAGCGCCGCUCAGAGCAACGGCGCCUUCUCUCCUCCUUCACGGGAAGUUGUGACAGCGACCUGCUCAAGUUCAACCAGUUAAAGUUCCGGAAGAAAAAGCUGAAAUUCUGCAAGAGUCACAUCCAUGAUUGGGGUCUUUUUGCUAUGGAGCCCAUUGCAGCCGAUGAAAUGGUCAUUGAAUACGUGGGGCAGAACAUCCGGCAGGUCAUCGCAGACAUGCGGGAGAAACGCUAUGAGGACGAGGGCAUUGGGAGCAGCUACAUGUUUCGGGUUGACCACGACACAAUCAUCGAUGCGACAAAGUGUGGCAACUUUGCCAGGUUCAUCAACCACAGCUGUAAUCCAAACUGCUAUGCCAAGGUCAUCACCGUGGAAUCCCAGAAGAAGAUUGUCAUCUACUCCAAACAACAUAUCAACGUUAAUGAAGAAAUCACCUACGAUUAUAAAUUCCCCAUCGAGGAUGUCAAGAUCCCCUGUCUGUGUGGCUCUGAAAACUGCCGGGGGACUUUAAACUAGGAGGCCAGGGAGCUGGGCAUGCUUUGCCAAAAAAAGAAAAAGAAAGGGAAAAAAGAAAGCCCCACCCCAGUCCAGCCCAGUCCAGCCAGUUGCUUUGGGCACAGGCUCCUACGAGCCCAGCUCUCCCCAGCCCACCCUCAGGUGCUGUCCGUCUCCCCAGGCCCAGCUCAGGGCCACCCAACACUACCCACCCUCCUGAAUCCUCUCUACCUCCUCCCUUCCUCCUCCUCCUCCUCCUACUUGUGGGGAAAGAUGCUCCCUCCCUCUAAUUUUUAAUUAUCAUUAAUUUUUUAAAAGUCACACAAACAUAUCCCCUCUCCCACAAAUGCUGCUACAUUUUUUUCCCUCCUCCUCAAAAAGACAUUUUUCACCAUUCAAAUGUGGAGCCAGAGAUGGAGGGAGAAAUAUUACGCUUUUUGGAAGAGAUCGGGGUGCGUAGUCUGGGGGAGGAAGAACGGGGAUCUUGGGUCCCAAGACAAUGGCUUUUGGCUCCCUGCCCUCAGUAUGAUUUGGAAGCCCUCCUCUCCCCACCCCCACCAACGUCCAGUUCUCUAAGACCCUGCCCUUCGGCCCUGACGUUGACCUUGGGAUGCCAGAGGAGGGAGCAGGGAGUGGGGCAAGGCCCUCUGUUCUCUGUAACACUGUUCCUGUGGGUGUCACCCAAGGAUUGGUUAGGAUGAAGUCUCCGUGGCCAAGUGAGACCUUGCAACCCUUGCUUCUCGGGACCUUGGAUGUUUUCUGUGCCAGUCUUGGGGAGCAGGGAAAUACUGAAAGCCAGUGGUUAAUCUCCUGCCCCCUCUCCCCACCCCAAUGUCUUUCCUUUUCUCUUGUCCCUCCCUUCCCCCCAGCUCCUCCAUCUGUUGGGAUGGCCUUCAGUGCUCAUUCACUCUUCCCCUUCCUCACUAGGUCUGAGCUGGGGACCUGCAGCUAUUCAUGUGGGGUUGGGGAGGGGGGCUGGUCUGCUUGGCUUUUACUCUCUCUUUUUUUCUUGAUCUGUCUUCCUUCCCUGGUGCUGGGGAGCCAGGCAGGUGCUAUGUAUAUGUGGAGAAGUGGGGCAGGACUGGGUGUGGGGGGAGCCUGGCUUCUUGAGGUUUGCCUUCUCAGACCGUGUUCCUUGCCUGCACCUCCCACCCCAUGGCCACCCCUGGGAGCUAGCAGGGGGCAUGCCUGGAUCUCCAAAAUGUUUACUUUCUCAUUCAGAUGCCAGCAAGAAGGGGGUGAGACAGAGUGGUCAGGGUGAGGAAGGGGACCUUGCAAAGGAAACCAGGCCCUCACCCGAGCCUCCGGCCUGCCCCCUGAUAGCCAGCAGCCAGGGCAGGGCCCUUUAGGUGCUGUGUAGUUUACUCCCCAAGAGCCUAGGGAAGGUGACUGGGCAGGGGCUCCCAUGGGUGGGAGCCCCCCCCAGUACUUGGCUCGUCCAGGCUGGAUCCUUCCCUGGGAGAUACGGUGAAAACCCAGGGGAGAAGAGUCUGGAGGGCUACUCCCCAAGGCUAAUGUGCUUCCUACCCUCUUCCCUUUUCCCUAGCUCUUCUUCCUUUCUCUACCAUUACGGGUUGUCUUUUAUGAUAGGUGUUUCUCUUUCAGAAGACACACCACAAAACUUUCAUCUGCUCUCUACUGGGAUCCCUGGGCCCGGGGACACCAUUGGGCUUCCCUCGCCUCACUGUCCAUCCAUCCAUCCAUCCGUCCAUCCAUCCAUCCAUCUAUCCUAAUUACCACCAGCCUGUCUACUUCUCUGUCUCUAUCCACGAUCCCGAGGGUGGACCAGGGAGGGACAGGAACCCAUCUUAAAAGAUAUUUAUAUUGAAAAAAAAAUGCAAACAGUUUCAUUUUCUCCCGUGAGGAAGGAAAAAGAAAACGAUUUUUUAAUGUUGGAUGGAAGUCUCCAGUAGCUUUCAGUAGGUGUGUCCCCAUCCCCUCCACCCCAAAAACUUUCAGGAUUCAUUUCAAUGCUUUUUCUGUAUAGAACAGGAAAGACUAAAAGGACACAUAAAAAAAGCCACAAGCAUUUUGGAGUAAAAAUCAACGCCUCAUCUGUACAUAGGCCACUGGGAUGACCUUCUCUUGGGAACAUUGUUUCUUGUAGAAACACGUGGAAAAAAAUUUUUUUUGAGGAUUUCUUUGUACUUAGGGGGGGAAAGCCCCGAUAAACCCAACAACAGGGGGAAAAAAAAGUGAGUUUGUAAAUACUUUAUGAAAAAAAGGAACUUAUUAUAAUUUGGACUCGUUUUUAGCAAGAUGACAGCUUUCCCUCCGAGCCGCCUGCUGAAGCCCCAGCUCACGCGAGGAGCCGCUAGCAUCUCUCUCUCUCAGCUUGUGUCAAGCUUCUUACCGUGUAAAUUCUGUACAAAAAAACUGGGGUUUGGUUUUGUUUGGGGGUUUGGGUUUUUUGGUUUUGAUUUUUUUUUGGUUCUUUCUGUAUGUGUGCCCUGAUUGAUGUAUGUGUGUGUGUGAGUGUGUGUGUGAGUGCGUGUCCAAUUAGACAAAAUUAGCAGCAUCAAAAUGGAGGGGAAGACACAGGCCAGCUGUAGGCCUUUCCUUUCUGUUUUGGGUUCAGGCCUUGUCUGCCAACUUAAAUGUGCAAGAGAGAAAAAAAAAGAAUAUAUAUUUAUUUCACAGAAGGAAGACAUGUACAGUGUGUGGAGAAGGGUCUAUUUAAGCAAGUUCUGGAUCCCACCCCCCCAAACUCCCCUAAGAGAUGUUUCUCUCCCAAACUAGAUUGGGGCAAGCACUAAGGGAGAAAAGGGGGGGGGGAGGGCAUAAGGUGGUUUGGAUGGGACCCCUCCCCCAAAUCCCUCACUCCCCUUUCACCAAGUUGUUUCCAAGGAUGAGAGCAGGGAAGGGCCCCCUCUAUCAGAGGAGGGAGGAGAUGGUUUGCAAUAACUAAGAAAAUGCAGUCAUUUUUAGUUUGAUUUGAUUUGACAAAUUCUUUGCUUUGAAGAUUUCUGCCUCUAGGUUUUCUUUUUGGUUUUGUUUUUUUGGUUUGUUUUCUCCCCUCUCUCCUUAAAAAACGGCAUUUGAAUUUUUGGGCCAUUUUGUGCAUCUAGACCCCACCCUCUGUACGUCACCUGUUUUUUGAAGAAAAAAUGUUUCUGUUGUGGGUGCAUCUUGCUGUAAAUACUUGUUCAUAUUUUUGUGAAUUCAAUACUGUGUACCAUUGUAUUAUAGUAACUUUUAUAAAGCAAACCCUAAAUAUACUGACUUUUCUUACAGAAA